AGGAAUUUUGCCCCGCGAUUCUUUUUUCUGCCGGGAAGGAAUUCGCUCCAUUCAAUUGCCGUUGACUGGCACCUCCUGUCAGGAGGAGACCUUGACGGACAUCCUCUCUGGCUGGCGGCAUCUAUCCGGGUAAGUACACCUACCAGACAAUGUGGCGGUCGAGAAGAUGGCCGAGGUCUGCAUGGAGAGCCAUGACAAGUCCUUCGAUCCAUUGUCCGCGAAGGCGACAUCUUGGUCGGGCUUCAACUUUGGCUGUGGCAGCUCGCGGGAGCGGGCCGCGACGGCGAUCCUUGCCAAGAAGAUCCCGCUAGUCGUGUCUGGAAGCUUCGGAAACAUCUUCAGCAGGAACAGCAUCAAUAACGCUCUUCUGGGCGUCGAAGUGCCAAAGUUUGUCCAGCGGCUACGGGAGACAUUCGGCAACGACAGGGUCCUUACGAGGAGCACGGGAUGGAAGUUCAUCUGGGAUGUGAGACGGAGCAAGGUCAUGGUUACCGAGGGCGAGGGCGGCGCUACCUGGAGCCAGAAGGUCGGCGAGCUGCCGCCGAAUGUCCAGGAUCUCAUUGCACGGGGCGGGUUGGGGAAAUGGGUGAAGCACCAGAGUUCAUUGUCAUAGACGGUUUCUAAAGAUGUUUAGGUAUAUCUGCCGCUUCGUAUGUAUAUAAGAUAGUACGGCUUGUAAGCCGUGCUGCGCUGCUGCUCCAGGGAUCCAGGUCUCAUGGGGCCAGGAGUCUCGCAGGGCUAGAUUAUAAGAUAUGCCUCAAACGGGCGUUUGAUCGAA